AUGUCUCGCAAACUUAUCUUCUUUGAAAACAUCCGCACGAUAAAUUCUCACAACAAACGUCACAACGCUGGAACGGAAACUUUUAAAAUGGGAAUUAAUCAUUUCACGGAUAUGACAACUGAGGAAUUUACAAAAAACUACGUCAGAAACAAUUUUGUCUGGAAAGUGUCUCAGAAACAGGAAAAUGCUUCAGACAACUUAUCAUGGUUCAAAAAAACUGUUAAUUGGUAUCAAGAAAAAAUUCCCGUCAAAAAUCAAGGCAAAGGUUGUCGUUCUUGUUGGUGUUUUACAGCAACUGGAUUAAUUGAAUACGAAUUUUACUUCCGGACUCGUCAAAUCGUCGAAUUAUCAGCACAGGAAUUACUUGACUGCACAUCGAAGGAAUAUGGAUGCGCCAUGGGAUGGACUCAAAGUGCCUUUGAGUAUAUCAAGCACAAUGGGAUUCACUACGAUCGAGAUUAUCCGUACAAUGAAACAAAUCCGAGAAAGGGAAAGUACUGCAAACGAGAUUACAUUUCAGAGCCUCGUCCAAAAAUUUACAUUAAAAAGAUUAAAUCUGUGAAAAGAAAGGAGAGUAAAAUUUAUAAGAAACUUUUGUUACAUCCUUUGAAAAUUGCAAUUUACGUUGAACCGAAAAAAUUUCAACAUUACAAAAGUGGUUAUUUAACAGCGGAGGAUUGUCCAACAGGACAUGUUAAUCAUGCGGUCAUCAUGCUGGGAGCAAUGAAAGCUUCCGAUGGAACUCCAAUUUGGUAUUUACGCAACUCUUGGGGCACAAAAUGGGGUAUCAAUGGUCACUUCAAGCUUCAAAUGGGCGUAAAUACGUGCAACUUGUUGGAAAGAAAUGCACUUUAUAUUGAAAUGUAA